AAAAAUUUCUCCCUAUUUUUUUUUAGAUAAUCAUCAUCAUCAUCAUCUCGACAAUUCAACAGGAGAAGAAUCACAAUUUCUUAAAGAAGCCAAUGAAUCACUGGAUUAUAAUUUCACGCCAAGUUUAACUCGCCGAUUAAAUAGUAAAUUCAAUCAACAAUCAAGAAUGCAUAUGGGAAUAUCACCAUUCAAUUCACCUGAGAAAAAUUAUCAUCAACAAAUCAUGACGACAGAUCUCUUAAAUUUUAAAAAAAAUUACGACAAUGAAAAUUAUAACGCCAGUUUGAAACAAUCAUCAGGCGAAAGAAGUCUCAGAAGAAGUACAAGUUUAUUAGAGCCAAGAAAUGAUUUUUAUGGAUUUAAUUUAACUUCAUUGAGAAAUCCUGAGAAUUUUUUCGAAAAUAAAGAUAAACAUUUAUCAUCAAAAUGGAGAGGUGGCGAGAGAGAAUAUAGACGUGGUUUCAGUGUUGGUAGAAUUCAAGAAUUUCCAAAUAAUACAAACACAGAAUACUGUAACAGUAAUAAUGUAGAAUCAAAUUUAUUCACAGAUUCAAUUUCAGCGUGUGACUCGAGUACGAAUUUACAAGAUUCCGCGUCAAGUCGGUCGAUAAUAUCCUGUGAAUCAUCAGCUGCAAAUUCCUUCUCCAAUAUUCAGGAUCAUUCAUCAUCAUCGUCAACUUUACCAUAUAAAUCAAAAUCGUCGAGGAAUUUUGAAAUUCGAUUACUCGCCGCCGAGAGUCUAAUAAAAGCAUCAAAAUUUAAGAAUCUCGAUGACACGAAAUUUGAUAAAAAUACAAAAUUUAAAAAUUUAGAAGACACGAAAUUUGAUUCAAAUGCAAAAUUCGAUAGUGGAAAUGUAAAUAACAAAACGCCAGAUGAUAUUUCCGAAAUGGUGAAUUCAAUGAUAUCAAAACGAAAUCGAUCAAUUCCCUUCCCACGAUUUCGUUCAAGUUCAUUGAAUCGUGAAUUUUCCCUCGAUGAUAGUCGAAGAAAAUCAUUCACCGGUUCGUCAGCGGAAAAAUCGCUUUUACAAAAAUUUCCCAAAUUUCAACGACACGAUGAAGAAUCCUCAUCUAAUUCAAAUAAAGAUGAGAACGAUUCAACGAAAAUUGAAAAAUCACAACGUCGAAUUUCUCGAUUUUUGAGACCCGAUUUUUUCGAUACACCACGUGAAGAAAGUCAAUACGUCAAGGAGAAAGAGGCAAAAAAAGCAUUAGAAAAUGAACGUAGAAAAUCGAGAUUUAUGCGAAAACCAAUUGAAAAUGCAUUUGAAAAUGAAAAUAUUUCCAAUUCAAUUACAACAACAGAAUCACACGAUAUUCCAAAUGAAAAUCAAAAUACUGAAUCAAAAAUAAUUCAACAAUCAUUAAUUAAUGUCAACGAGAUGGAAAAAUGUGAACCCAAUGAUUCUGCAUUAUUUACACACUACAUUCCUGAAACAACUCAUGAGACAAGCAUAAAUGACGAAAGUUCAAUUAAUAAAAAGUCUUCCAAAACAUUUUCCAAAUCAAAAACAGUUCCAAGAAUCGAUGUACCGUGUAAAGAAGAAGUAAAAACAAGUGAAAGUGCAACAAAUAUGCGAUUUCGAAGUAAAAUACCGACAAAAUUCAAGAAAAAUGAAACCAAUAUUGUGAAAAAAAUUGCCGACAGCAAUAAAUUAUUGCACAAAAAUCCCACUGAUCUUUCAUCAUCAUCAUCAACAUCAAAAGUGAAAAAGAAGGAGAAUGAAUUAAGUUUACUCCAAAGAUCAAAGACAGAAGUGAAAAAAUCCUUAGAACAAUGUUCCAAAUUAGUGAAAAAAUACAGUCUCGAUAAUACAAAAAAAAUUAAAGCCGAAAAAGAAAUUGGAAUAAUCAAAAGCAGGACAAAUUCCCAAGAAAAGGAAAAAUCGUCCGAGAGAAAUUUAGAAAAAAAUUCAAGUCGAAAUAUCGUUCAAGUGGAAAUAGUUGCCGAUAGAACAACAACACCCGAGAAAAAGCAACAUUUAUUUAAAUCCGAUAAAGCAUUUAGAGAAGAAUCACAAUCGCCAAAUGGUGAAAAUGUUUCCGAAGAAAAUGGCAAGAGAAUUGUUAAAAAAAUAUUACCCUCUUUAUCGAAAAUAAAUUCCACCUUAAAGGGAAAUAAUAACGAUAAAGGUGAAAAAAAAUUACUAAAACGCACAAAAGUCAAAGAAGUCAACGAAAAGGAAAAUGAUAAUACAACCAAAAAAAAAGAAGAAAGUAUCAAAAAGAAAGAAGAUAAUAGUAUCAAAAGAAAAGAAGACAAAAGAAAAGAAAUCGACAAUUUAACCAAGAAAAAAGAAACUGAUAAAAAGAAAGAAAAUGAAAUUACCAUUAAGAAAAAAGAAGCCGAGAAGAAAAAGAAAAAUAUUCUCCCAAUCAAAAAAUCAACAAAUAAUUUCCCUAAAACAUCGGAAAAAAUCAAUAAACAAUCUUCCGAAACAAGUGACGAUUCAGAGGAAAAAUUCGAUUACAAAGAGAAGAAUUUUUCAACAGACAAAUUAUUGACAAGAAAAUUAGUCAAUAAUUUAGAUGAAAAAUCACGAAAAUCAAAUAAAAGUAAUUCUCCAAUUAAUGACAAUUCCUCAUCAGCUCAAAAAAUUGACAACAUGAAAAUAAUUCUCGACGCAAAUAAUUCGUUUUACAAACAAAGAUCGAAUUCAUCAGAUGAUUUAGAAACAAAUGAUACAAGUUUUUAUACAAAUCCAGAACAUCAUCUUAAAUCCAAAGAAUUGAGUAAAUCUCCCGAUCACUCACAAUGCGAAGGUACAGAAUAUUUCAAUUUAUAUGGUUAUUAUCCAAGUGAUUGUGAAAUGAAUAAUACAAAUACACGAAGUGACAUUGCCAAUUCAUCAUCAUCAUCAGCAUUGCCUGUAAAUUCAACUCCUCGCGAUCAAGAAUCAAUAAUCGAUCGAAUAAGAAGAAAAAGUUUCUAUUCACGUUUCAAUGAUAGAAAACGUAAAACACUUGUGUCUCCAUUAUCAUCACGAACCGAUAUGUGGCCCAGUAUGACGUUACCAAAAAAUUUUAGUUUCACAAGUACCAAGAAAAAUGAUUCCAACAAAAGAUACAGUUUAUAUAAUAAUAUUUUAUCAGAUUCAAAAAAUAUCGAUCGAAAUCGAUAUUCAUUUUGUUCGUCGUCAGCUGAUAAUUCUUGUCCAUCAAUUGAUUCAUUGCAAAAUAAUAUUGAAUUACCGCGACGAAAAUAUUCCAGUGCGACUGAUUUUAGUUUGAAUAAAAAUCAUUUUGAAAAUAAUACUAUUCCGCGAAAGAAGGAAAUUAAUAAAUUUCAAAUUGCAAGCAAUUGUGAUGAUGAAACAAGUGGAAAAAAUUGUGAAGAUUGGUCCUGUUCAUCAAUUGCCAGUGAAAAUUGCAGUAACGAUUUCACAAUGGGAAUUCAAGAUGAUUUGGUUCAGUUCAGAAAGAAAGAUUAAUGCUUUUUCUAUGCUAAUAGCGAUAGACAUUCUGUAAACUGAUUAAGAUUUUUCACUGCCUCAUUGAGAGUAUCCAUCUAAGUCAUCCGUUUUCUAAUUUACUCAUCUUUAUGUAAUCAAUGCUUUAUCUUAAUUAAGUCACUACGUUAAGAUAUUUUUAAUUUAGGAAAAAUGUUCGCUAGUGGAACAACAAAUAGUUUUACUUUAUGUCGUUUGUCCUUAUAAAACAUUUUAUACAUAAUUCCGAAUUAAAGUUCUUCAUUUUUUUUUCUCAACCAAUAUUUAAUUGUACAAUUAAAAAAAUUACAAUUUACAAAAUAUUGAAAAAAAGUAAUGCCUUGACCAAAGAUCUUUGAUAAAAAAUUCUCAUAUAUACAUAUUUUUUUUUUCAAAGGGAUCGUUCAUAAAUUACACGCGAGAAAUAAAAAGAAAAUAAUAUUUUAAAAAGAUAUUACGUAAUUUGUGAACAAUCCCAAAGCAAAACUUUUUAUGAAUAAAACUCUAAAAGCAAUUAUUAUAACUAAUUUAUUAUUAUUAUUAUUAUUACUAAUAACUAAUUAAAUCACUCAUUCAUUUAAAUUUCUGAAUUGUACUUCAUUUCUCUUAAACCGAUGGACUGAUUAAGAUAUUCAUUAUGUACAUUAAAUUUUAUACUUUCUUUCGUAUUGUAAAGACAUCGAAACCAAAUUAUAACAAACUAGUCUUCUCUGUUUUCAAUUAUUCAAAGUUUAUGAAUAAAUUUAAUUACUACUUUUAA